CUUCAGUGCGACGCAUUUUCAUCAGCCAUCACUCUGCUUUGGCUGAUAGCAGAACAAAAAUUUCUUACGCUUGUUGGAACGUCUACGUUAACCGAUUCACAAUGGAAAAAACAGAUUAUUGAAUCCAUGAAUGGGCCAUUUACGGACCUCGUGUUAACGGUUAGAGGUCAUAAGCUUCCAGUCCACAAAUCAGUUUUGGCCGCUCGCUGCCCUGCUUUGACGGCAAAAAUAAAAGAUGCUGCAGUUGAACAACUUAUUUUGGAUGAAGAUCCUGUUACUUUCCGAAGAUUUCUUCAUUUUCUCUACACUGGUCUCCUAGAUGACUGUGAUUAUUAUCUCAUAGAUAUGAAAACGUAUGCAAAGAAAUACUUCGUAGAUGAAAUGCUUCCUAAAUUUACCGCAAAUGGAACAAUGGAAAAAAUGGUCACGAAAUGUGAAGCUGACGUGAACUCACAAUUAACGAAAGGAGGUGUCGUAAUGCAAUAUUCAUGGACGUUGAAAAAGUUGCCAACUUUGAAUCGCACAACUUUCUCUAAUAAAUCGAAGGACGGUAUGUGGUUCGGCGUUGGUAUUCAGUGUGUACGUAUCAUCCCAUAUACAAAUUGUAGCGAGUUCGACCUAUACUUUUUUACUGGUCGAAACAGUCGAGUGGUUGGUGUCUCAUACUUCAACAGAUGGGAUCCCUGUUCACAGAAGAAACACAACAUGGAUCUUAAUAAAAAUCUGGUCUUCACAAGCAAUUUCUCCGUUGCAAAUGGAUACAAAUGUUACCAGUUCACGUUCUAUGUGACGAUCGAACAAGCGGAUAAUGAGGAAUAUCGAUACGAAUUGCAGGACAGUCUUUGCCCAACUCAGCUUUGGCGUUCCGCUUUGGAUGGCAUGACCACCGAUGUUCAGUUGCUCGUCUCUGGGCGUAUCUUUCAUGCCCAUCGAUGGAUUUUGGCCGCCCGGAGCCCAGUUUUUGCCGCAAUGUUUUCCCACGACAUGCUCGAGGCGAAUACUGGGUGUGUUGACAUCAGCGACAUUACACCAAGCAUAUUCGAACAAAUUUUGUUCUUUAUUUAUAAUGGCCGCAUACUCGACUCUACCCCUAAUUUACUUCUAUUGGAGGCAGCUGAUAAAUACCAAAUAGAAACGUUGGUUUUCAUUUGUCGGGCUUCUUCAUCUCCAAUGGAAAAGGACAGUUGAUAUGGUGAUAUGUGCUGCAUCAACAAAUCAGUGCAACAAAUUAGUGCAAUCGUCAACAAAUUAGUGCAAUCGUUACUUUGAUUCUAUGUUUGUUAACCUAUUAUUUCUCAAAAUAAAACAAAUAUACCGGCAUCGACUGCACGUAGCGGAUAUCUAUCUGCAUAUAUCAUUUCUAACGCUCCCUUAAAAAAACACACAAAACAAAAGUUUAGUUAUAGACUUAUCUUCAAUUCUACCUAUACAAGUAAUAUAUAACAAACUAACAACAAGUCUUAGAUCAAAGAUAUUUACGAAACCCCUAAGGACUAAAACUUGUUUAUAUUCGGCUUGAUUUGCAUCACACUGUGAUCUGUGAU